AUGGAUAAGAAAGAUGAUGCUCGAGAAUUCGUGCGGAAGGGCCUCCGAUCUGAUCUGAAAAGCCAUAUCUGCUGGCAUGUAUACGGAUUGUUACAUCGAUCCGAUAAGAAUUAUGGCGAAGCAUUAAAAUGUUAUACCCAGGCUUUAAAAAUUGAUAAGGAUAAUAUGCAAAUCCUUCAAGAUUACUCUCUGCUUCAAAUCCAAAUGCGAAAUUAUGAAGCUUUUAAUGAAUCACGCCAUCACCUUUUACAGUUGAGACCAAAUAAUCAAAGAUAUUGGAUAGGACUUGCAAUAUCUUAUCAUCUAUUGGGAAAUUACGAAACUGCUGAAAAAGUUUUGAAAACUUACGAAGAAACUCUUAAGCCUGGUCAACCGAAUUACGAGCAUAGCGAAAUGCUACUAUACCAUAAUCUUAUUAUAGAAGAAAGUGGUAAUACUGAAGCGGCUUUAGAACAUUUAGAAUCUAUUAAAAGCAACGUUUGUGAUCGUCGAAUUUGGAAAGAAAAAAGAGCCCAGUUUUUAUUGAAACUUAAUAGACUUCAAGAAGCAGAAGCGGCAUAUGAAGAAUUAAUUGACGAUAAUCCUGAUUGUUACAGUUAUUAUGAAGGAUUUCAAAUAGCUAAGGGGAUUGAUACUAACGACCUGACACCUGAGUGUGAAGAAAAAAUCAUCGCUCUAUAUAAAGAUCUAGCCCAAAAAUAUCCAAAGUCGAACGCGAUCAAACUAUUUCCUUUAUUAUAUACUACCGGUGAUAAUUUCAAGAUGUUUGCAGAUGAGUAUAUACAAGCUGCACUUCGUAAAGGGGUCCCGUCUUUGUUUGUCAAUCUCAAAAAGCUCUAUAGUGAUCCUCAAAAAGAAGCUAUCAUCGAGCAAUUAGUUGAAGGAUACCUCGAAUGUCUAAAGAAUAAUGGUACCUUCACCCAAUCUAAAAAUGAUGAUGAUGUGAAAGAACCACCUACCGCUUAUCUAUGGACGUUUUACUUGCUUUCCCAGCAUUACGACAAUAAACGUGAUACAACGAAGGCCCUCACAUUAAUUGACGAAGCAAUCGAGCACACGCCCACUUUGGUCGAAUUAUAUAUGACAAAGGGCCGCAUUCUAAAGCAUGGUGGAAACCUUGACGAAGCCAUGAAAGUGAUGAACGAAGCCCGUGAAUUGGACCUUCAAGACAGAUUCAUUAAUUCUAAAUGUUCAAAGUACAUGCUCAGGAACGAUCAAACUGAGGAGGCUGAGCAAAAAAUCGGAUUAUUUACUAGGGGUGAUGCUCCCGAUCCAUUAACAGAUCUUGCAGAUAUGCAAUGUAUGUGGUUUGUCCUUGAAGAAGGUGAAAGCUAUAUAAGGCAAAAAAAAUGGGGUAAAGCUCUAAAACGUUUUCACCAAAUUGAAAAGCAUUUUGCUGAUAUAACGGACGAUCAAUUCGAUUUUCACACUUAUUGCUUACGUAAAGUCACUCUCCGGGCAUACUUGAGCAUGCUACGGCUGGAGGAUCAAUUGCGUUCGCAUCCAUAUUAUUUUCGUGCAGCACAAAGUGCAAUAAAGAUCUAUAUCGAAUUGUAUGACAAUCCAAAUACGGUUACUAUCAGUGAAGAAAAUGAAGAUUAUGCAAAUAUGACUGAGGGUGAGAAGAAGAAACUAAAAAGCAAGGCUAAAAAAGCUGCACUUAAAAAACAAAAAGAAGAUGAAGAAAGAAAAGAAAAAGCAAAGGAAGAUGUGAAAAGAAAGGUUGAUAAACCCCAAGAUGAUGACCCAGAUGGUGAAAAGCUUCUUAAGACUGAAGAUCCUUUAGGAGAAGCAUUCAAAUUCUUGCUUCCGUUGCAAGAACUGUCGCCAAAAAGGAUAGAAACACAUUUACUAGGAUUCGAGAUCUAUCUACGAAAAAAAAAGUACCUUCUUGCUCUUAAAGCUCUUUUACGUGCUUACAGUAUCGACAAAGAAAACGCUACUUUGCAUAAUGAUAUAAUACGAUUUCAUUUAGCAGUAUCUGAUAAUAAGGAAAUUAAUCCAACAAUAAACCAAGUUAUUGCUUCUGAAAAAGUAACCCUAAUACCGGAAAAUAUGCCCUUGGUCGAAUUUAAUGAGCGAUUUUUAGAAAGAAACAAAAGCAUAUUACACUUAUUAGUUGGAGCCGAAACUUUGUAUGCUAUAGAUCCAGAAAAGAAACAAGAAGCUGAAAACCUUUUGCUAAUGGUCGAUUCUGAAGAAUACGCUAGUACAAGGACGUUAGAGAAUUGCAUCAAGGUGUACGAAACUCUCAAAUCCAUUUUUAAUUCUUCGAAAGCUGAAGAAUUUAGGGUUAAAUGUAAGGAAUGGUUUCCAAUAUCAACCUGUGCUGUUGCUGAUAAGCCGAAUAUUAUUUUUGGCGUCGAUGUUCCAUGCUGUCAAUGUUUAUUUAUUAGUAGAU